CGAACCAAUUCAUUUACCUGUCUCAGUUGCACCAAAACGACAUUCUCAUCCUCCGUUUCCGUCGCGGCGGCGGCGACAUACUCCGGUACCAAAACGACGACGACUCUUUCGUGCUCGAAAUGGUUGUAGACGAAGAGCUCUUCCUCGAGAUCGGCGUGGUGGUGAUGAAUGAUGUAAGAGAAGAAGCUUAUGAGAGAGAGAAAGGGAAAUUAAAGGGAGAAGUUCCGGACCCUUAGAUGCAUCCAACGGACGAGAUCUUUCUGACUAUGUGGCUACGUCAUUCUCUUGACUACAGACAGAAUCUGCAUCCAUUUAUUGAAUUCUGGAGGGUCUUUAACAACAGGUGUUGUAGACCAGGAAAGGGCAGAGCUUUAUAAAGGGAAAGUUACUUGGUAUGUUAUCAUUGCUUGCAUUGUUGCAGCUACAGGGGGAUCACUUUUUGGCUAUGAUGUUGGAAUUUCAGGCGGGGUGACUUCCAUGGAUGACUUCCUUGAAGAAUUCUUCCCUGCUGUAUACAGACAAAAACAGCAUGCACAUGAAAACAAUUACUGCAAGUAUGACAACCAGGGCCUUGCGGCAUUUACCUCUUCUCUAUACAUUGCCGGUUUAGUUGCAUCCCUGAUUGCAUCUCCCAUUACAAGGAAGUAUGGACGUCGGGCAAGUAUCAUCAUUGGUGGUAGUACCUUUCUGAUUGGAUCAGCUCUGAAUGCUUCAGCUGUUAACCUCACAAUGCUGAUCUUCGGCCGUGUUAUGCUCGGCAUUGGUAUUGGAUUUGGAAAUCAGGCGAUUCCACUUUAUUUGUCAGAGAUGGCACCAACCCACAUGCGAGGAGGAUUGAACAUGAUGUUUCAAGUGGCAACAACUUUUGGGAUUUUCAUUGCCAAUAUGGUGAAUUUUGGAACACAGAAGAUUAAACCAUGGGGAUGGAGGCUGUCCCUAGGCUUGGCUGCAGUACCGGCUCUUUUGAUGACAAUAGGAGGAAUAUUUCUUCCUGAGACUCCGAACAGCUUAAUAGAACGAGGAUUAGAAGAAAGAGGAAGGAAGCUCCUAGAGAAAAUUAGAGGAACUGGCGAUGUUGAUGCAGAGUUUGAAGAUAUGGUUGAUGCAAGCAAGUUGGCAAACUCAAUAAAGCACCCGUUUCGUAACAUACUUCAAAGAAGGUAUAGGCCAGAGUUGGUGAUGGCAAUUGUCAUGCCAACUUCACAGAUCUUGACUGGCAUUAAUUCCAUUCUCUUCUAUGCUCCGGUGCUGUUUCAAAGCAUGGGAUUUGGUGGAGAUGCUUCACUCUACUCCUCGGCUUUAACUGGUGGCGUUCUUGCUUGCUCAACAUUCAUUUCCAUCGCAACAGUUGAUAAGCUGGGAAGGAGAGUUCUUCUUAUCAGUGGUGGAAUACAAAUGAUCAUAUGUCAGGUUAUAGUUGCAAUAAUUCUUGGGGUGAAGUUUGGGGAUAACCAAGAACUGUCGAAAGGCUAUUCAAUAUUGGUUGUAGUUGUGGUUUGCCUAUUUGUUGUAGCAUUUGGAUGGUCGUGGGGCCCACUUGGUUGGACAGUUCCAAGUGAGAUAUUUCCAUUAGAAAUCCGUUCAGCAGGGCAGAGUAUCACAGUAUCUGUAAACCUUUUUUUCACUUUCGUAAUUGCUCAGGCAUUCCUUGCUCUUCUCUGCUCAUUCAAGUUUGGAAUCUUUCUCUUUUUCGCCGGCUGGAUUACCCUCAUGACCAUAUUUGUUGUUCUGUUCUUGCCUGAAACCAAAGGUAUUCCCAUUGAAGAGAUGUCAUUUAUGUGGAGGAAGCAUUGGUUCUGGAAAUCGAUAUUGCCUGUAAACACAUCACAGUAAUAAUGCAAUUCCUUCAAUCUCAGUUAGAUUGCAGUAAUAAAUUACAUAAAUAAAAAAUACUACUGUGUUUGUACCCAAAAAAAGGCAAAUGCUACAGUAUCAAAUCAAUUUGCUUAAGCCCUUUCCAAAAAAAAAAAAAAUUGCUUAAGCAGCAUUCAGGCUCUGAAAUUAUGCAUCCGAGAUGGUGAACACCAGUGGCUUUAGACUUUAAAUUGGCACCUCUCAAUUUAUUUGUAAAGAGAGCGUUGAAGACGAAAAUGUAAAGUAGUUUGUAUGUGUUAAAAAUGAGAAUGGCGAGUGUGUUGCAGAAAACAUGUUUGAGUUACAGAAAUGGAUGAGGCCACCCUCGAAUGUCACUCUUUGUUGUGGGUUUGUUCUAGGUUUUGUGGUGUUUAUGUAGAAAAUGUUGAAACAAGGACCAUAAUUUUGACAAGGAAAAGGAUGAUUAUUAUUUUUUAAUUAUGUUGCUAA